AUUCAAUCAACCCAUCCUCUCCCCUUCUCAAUAUCUCAAGGGUGAGGUCAACUUCUAAUUCCAUAUUGACAGCUUUCCCAUACAAUACUUCUACCACAAGAUCCCGCCCACCAUCCUUCUCCUAUCUCGAAUACCUGAUUCUCGCCAUCCAAAUUCGGCAGCAUGUCAGACUCCAACCCUGAUUCUCGGCCGGCCACGCCACUUCCAGAAGCUGGCCACGAUUCUGGAGACCCAAAUAGACCUAUGUCAGAGGAACGCGACACUCCUCCUCCCCCUGCUGCGAACCCUGAUUUAGACAUGGACAACGAGGAGAACCAAGAGGAGACCAAGGAGGACAACGACCAAUCCGACAACGAAUCCGAGCUGUCUGAAGUCGACGAGGGUGAAUUCGCAGACUUCGAUCCCACAACCGUCGCUUUAGAGGAUAGGCCCUUGGUCGACAUAGAUGAGGAUAUUGCACGAACUCUCAAGGCGGGCAAGAGGAAGCGCGCUGCUGACGGCGAGGGAAAGAAGAAGGAAGGCAAACGGGAGAAGAAGAAGCGCCUCAGAGAUGAGGACGAGGCUCCGGAUGGAGAAGAGAUAGAGGGGAAGAGGGUCAGAAAACAGAAGAGUGCCAGAAGUGAAGGCGACAGGAAGGAACGGGAACGCGCAAAGGAAAGGAAGCCAUCACCAGAAAAUGAGGAGAAUUUGACGCCGGAGGAGAGAAGGCGGAGGGCUUUGGAUAAGGCGAUGGAUGCAGCCUUGAAGAAUCCUAACAAGAGAAGACGGAAGAAGGAUGAAGUGGAUCUCGAAGAGGCUUUCGACGAUGAGAUCGCAGCUCUCAAGAUCCGAAUGGAACAAGCUUGUGAGGCGGACAAUUCUGCCAGAGAGAAGGGCCAACCGGCAAUCCACAAGCUCAAGAUGCUUCCCGAAGUCGUGGCUCUGCUUAAUCGAAACACAGUCCAACACUCCAUCGUUGAUCCCGACACCAACUUCCUUCAGUCUGUCAAAUUCUUCCUCGAGCCAUUGAACGAUGGAAGUCUUCCUGCCUAUAAUAUCCAGCGGGAUCUAUUCACCGCUCUUACACGUUUACCAAUUGAGAAGGAGGCUUUACUCAGCAGUGGUAUUGGCAAAGUUGUGCUAUAUUACACCAAGAGCCAGAAGCCAGAGAUCGGCAUCAAGAGAAUUGCUGAGCGGCUGUUGGGAGAAUGGUCAAGACCAAUCUUGAAACGGAGUGAUGACUACAAGAAGCGCAAGGUUAUAACGAAGGAGUACGAUCAUCAAGCCGCGCAACUCGCGCUUCGCCCCUCCGGUACCCAGUCGUCGCAGGUUCCGUCCUCCCAGCGUAGCGGCCUGUCACAGCGGGAUAUUGAAAGAGAGCGCCUUCUUGCCCAGCCUAUCAGGAGCAACCGGGCUAGAAUGGAGUCUUCCAAUGCCAGUUACACCAUUGCUCCAAAGAGUACGUUCGAUGCUAGUAAAGGCAUCGAUCCUGCUGCGAGACCAAUUGGUGCGGGCGGUAUCGAGGCGUUUAGGAAGAUGACAGCGAAGCAAGGGAAGAAGAGAUCGUGAUCAGGUUAGAUUUCAGAACGGUGGUAGUGUAUUGGGCGAAACUAUUCUGGAGCACUGAGUGGCGAAUCAUGGGUGAUUAUCAGUGCCACUGGUUUGGCAGGGAACUUCAUUGGCGCCACAUUGCAAACUUGUUCGGAGGCUGGAAAGGAAGGCAUAAUACGCAGCAGGAGUUAAACUAGACUGCACGAGACCAGAGGGUCAGGUUUGAUAAAUAAAUAUUGCGAUUGCAAUUGCUCGUGGUCAAAUACCAAGGCCCUCGACUCAUAGCUAAGGUUGAUAAUACACCCGUCUAUUGGCAAGCGCCAGAUUUUCCUAG